AUGUCUUUUCACACGGAUUCCGAGCCCUCCAGCCCCAAUCUCGCACCGGCGUCCGAAACCGUGCCUUUGAAUCGUUCCGCAGACCUCGACGCCCCGUCCGCUUACAAGCUCAAUGCGAAUGUGCUGAAUCGCGCCAUCCAGGAUAUCGGCAUGGGGCGGUAUCAAUGGCAGCUAUUUGGAGUUGUCGGGUUUGGAUGGGCUUGCGAUAAUCUAUGGCCUAUUGUUACAUCUCUGAUACUUGUUCCCGUUACAUACGAAUUUCACGCUUCCCAACCGCCCCUCCUACCUCUGGCACAGAACCUAGGCCUCUUGCUUGGUGCACUGUUUUGGGGAUUCGGCUGCGAUAUUUUUGGCCGACGAAUGGCCUUCAACGUGACAAUUGGAAUCACGGCCGUGUUCAGCUUGGCCGCCGCCGCGUCCCCAGGUUUUACAGCCGUCUGUUUAUUGGCGGCUCUCUGGUCAACAGGUGUUGGUGGAAAUCUUCCUGUGGAUUCGGCCAUCUUUCUUGAGUUUCUUCCUGGGUCACACCAAUAUCUGCUCACUAUCCUCUCGAUCAACUGGGCCCUGGCGCAAUUCCUGGCGAACAUCGUCGCAUGGAUGUUAGUGGGAAGGUACACUUGCGCCUCUGCCGAUGGAUGUACAAGAUCCGAGAAUGUGGGCUGGCGAUACUUUAUCGCCACCAUGGGAGGACUGGCGCUGGUGAUGAGCGUCACCCGCUACUUUUUCUUCACUCUCCUCGAGUCCCCUAAAUUCCUCAUGGGGAAGGGAGAACAUUACCAAGCCGUUGCUGUUGUCCAUGAAGUUGCUAAACGCAAUGGGAAAACCUGUAACCUGACUACCGAUGAAUUGUAUGACUGCUCGAUUGGCGAAAAUGGAGAUGGCAGACGGGAACAUUACUCCCACCGUCGGGGAUUGACCUUACAUGACCGGUUGAAACUUUUGCUAGAGCCCUUCACACUCACACAGCUUCAAUCUCUAUUCUCCACUCGGCGCCGCGCUUUGGCAACGACUCUCCUGAUCUGUAUCUGGGGUUUGAUUGGCAUCGCUUUUCCUUUAUAUAACGCCUUCUUACCGUACCUGCAGCAGCAGCGUGGGAUAGAAUUCGGAGAUGGCUCCACAUACUUGACAUAUCGCAAUUCGCUGAUAAUUGCUGUCGCAUCAAUUCCCGGUAGCCUUGCCGGUGGCGUGAUGGUGGAGAUGCGCUCGUUGGGGCGCAAAGGUACGCUGACCCUCGCGACGAUAAUGACAGGGGUGUUCCUCCUCGCAUCCACAACCGCCACGACAUCCUCCUCCUGGUUGGGCUGGAAUUGCGGCUACGGUUUUAGCAGCAGUCUUGUCUAUGCUGUGCUGUACGCAUACACGCCAGAAAUCUUCGAGUCCAGAAAUCGCGGAACGGGCAAUGCCAUUGUUAGUGCUGCAAACCGGCUGGGCGGCAUUCUGGCGCCUCUGGUAGCGAUGGGCACGGAUUUGAAGAGCACAGCGCCGGUCUAUAUGAGCGGGGUGAUAUUCUUAGUAGCUGGUGGGUUGGUACCUUUGGUUCCUCCUUGCUGCUGUCAGAUGCCUGCGCUGUAUCUUGAAUCUUGUCCGACCAUGGCCUCCUUCGCCUACGAUCAUGAGGCGGAGUUUUGGGGCACGUUAAUCAAUCCCGACAAGAGUCCCUCCCCUUUGCUUGAACAGUUGUGUUUAGGAAUUGCCCAGGUGAUAACCUCGUUUGACAACUAUGCGAUUCCCGAUCUCACCCCAGAACGCCUGGCUGCAUUCUACCGAAAGGUCGGUGGCAACUACGAUGUCCUGUUCCUCGAUACCAAGCCUUCGGCCCUCUCCUUCAUUUACCAGCGCCUCGGUUGCUUCCACAGCAUACAGCCCACCGCCGAUCCGUACAAACCCCCAUCGAUCCCCGCCCUGCAACCUCACGGUUUCGUGCGAUGGCAGACGAUCCAGAUCCUUUUAGACCCCGACGAGCAUGUCUCCUAUAUCCAGAAUGCUGUUGCGCGAUGGGACAUCUUCAGCCCUAAUGGAACCGUGUUUCCAAAGUCGAUUCCCCGCGAGGCAUUCCCCGCAGAGCCAGACCCAGAGAUGAUCCAGUGGCAUGAGACCGUCAGCCAGAAGUUCGAGUUCGACUACUGGAAGAAGAAGUGUGUUCGCUCGCCCCCUUCCACAUUCGGUGCAUACCAGAACCAAUUCAGCAGCCCAAAGGAAAGCCCAACAAGUAAGGAAGAGGAGUUUGUCCAGAGCCACCACCCGAGAUCGUCGUCGUCUAGUUACCGUUACCCAGCCCCCGCCGACCCGCAAACAUCCCGCCGCCAUCAAAGACGCCAGAGCGCUGAAGUCCCUCCAAGCAAUCUGCACAAACCGCAGACCAGCGUACCUCGUCGCUCGGCCGAAUUCGCUCCGACCGGCUACGACUCGCCUCGCGCUCCAUCACCUCCAGCAUGGCCAAAGCAUGCAUCGUCAAAAAGCCGCGGCCGCGAGCGCAAGACCUACUCUCGCCCCGUUAGCCCUGACCAAAUCCACGGGCAUAGCUCCUCAGAUGCAUCGUCAGAGGGCUCCGGCACCGCAACGGGAGAACCAGCAUCGCCUCCCCCACGACACGACUACCACCGCAACCUCUCCCCGCCGUACGCGCCAAACGCUCGUCGACACUCACACGAAGCAUACUCACGCAGACCGCGGGAGGUUUCACCAGAGUCCCAAAGACGUUACGCUUACCGCGAUGCAUACAACUCCAGCUCCAACAGGAUGUACGACUCAGAUAGCGGGCGUGGGGCGCGACAGCCUCGUGUAUACAUCGACGAAGUGCGCCAGUCACGAACGCCAGUACCCGAUCCUGCCCCUGGCCCUGGCCCUGGCCCUUCAGGGUAUCGAGAUCCUGUAUACGGAGGGUCCUCCACCGUCCCGACAAGCCCAGUCUAUGGACACGUUCACCCGGUACAUCCCGGUCAUCCGCGAUUCGUCAAUGUAGGCAGCCCUGGGUACAUGGUGCACCCGCAACCCGAGCUCGACGCAAAUGUCAUGGACGAUCCAAGACGAAGUAGCUAUCGCGGUGGCAGCUUGACCCCGAACCCAAGCGGGAGCGCGACGUAUGGGCGGCCGCGAUUCGCUUCUGUUGGCGACUUUCAGCCGCCGCGGUGGGCGAGUAUGCAUGUACCCGGGCCUGGACCUCCGCCUGGACUCGGGUCUGGACCUGGUAAUGGUGGACGGGGGAUUCCUCCUGGGAUAAUUGAAGCGGAUUACGGUAGACGAUCGACCUUUUAUGACCGAUAA